AUGUCCAGGCAGUCCAGCAUCACCUUCCAGACCGGCAGCCGCAGGGGCUUCAGCACAGCCUCGGCCACCACCCCUGCCACCGGCCGCUCCCGCUUCAGCUCCGUCUCCGUGGCCCGCUCCACGGGAGGCAGCGCGGGGCUGGGAAGAAUGAGCAGCACUGGGGCAGGCUUCGGGAGCCGCAGCCUCUACAACCUGGGGGGCACCAGGCGGGUCUCCAUCGGGGGGUGCGGCGGCAGCUUCCGGAGUGGCUUUGGCGGCAGGGCCGGCAGCGGGUUUGGGGUCGCCAGUGGAUUUGGCAAUGGGGGCGGAGCCGGAGGAGGCUAUGGGGCCUCGGGCUUCCCUGUCUGCCCCCCUGGAGGCAUCCAAGAGGUCACCGUCAACCAGAGCCUCCUGACUCCCCUCAACCUACAAAUCGACCCCUCCAUCCAGCGGGUGCGGAAAGAGGAGCGGGAGCAGAUCAAGACCCUCAACAACAAGUUCGCCUCCUUCAUUGACAAGGUGCGGUUCCUGGAGCAGCAGAACAAGGUCUUGGAGACCAAGUGGGAGCUCCUCCAAGAGCAGGGCUCCAAGACGGUGAGGCAGAACCUGGAGCCCUUCUUCGAGGCCUACAUCAAUGACCUCCGCCGGCAGCUGGACAGCGUCACCACUGAGAGGGGCAGGCUGGACGCUGAGCUGAGGAAUAUGCAGGAUAUUGUGGAAGAUUUCAAAGUCAGGUACGAGGAUGAAAUUAACAAGCGCACCACUGCUGAGAAUGAGUUUGUGGCCCUGAAGAAGGACGUGGACUCAGCCUACAUGAACAAGGUGGAACUGGAGGCCAAGGUCAAUUCUCUGACAGACGAGAUCAACUUCUUACGGAUGCUCUUUGAGGCGGAGCUGUCCCAGAUGCAGACCCAGGUCAGUGACACAUCUGUGGUCCUGUCCAUGGACAACAACCGCAGCCUUGACCUGGACAGCAUCAUCGCUGAGGUCAAGGCUCAGUAUGAGGACAUUGCCAACCGCAGCCGGGCCGAGGCUGAGUCCUGGUACCAGACCAAGUACGAGGAGCUGCAGGUCACAGCGGGCCGGCAUGGGGAUGAUCUCCGCAACACCAAGCAAGAGAUCUCGGAGAUGAACCGGAUGAUCCAGAGGCUGAGAGCCGAGAUCGACAGCGUCAAGAAGCAGUGUUCCAGCCUGCAAACGGCCAUUGCUGACGCAGAACAGCGUGGAGAGCUGGCCCUCAAGGAUGCGCGAGCCAAGCUAGUAGAGCUGGAGGAGGCCCUGCAAAAGGCCAAGCAAGACAUGGCCCGGCUGCUGCGGGAGUACCAGGAGCUCAUGAACGUGAAGCUGGCCCUGGAUGUGGAGAUUGCCACCUACCGCAAGCUGCUGGAGGGCGAGGAAUGCAGGCUGAGUGGUGAGGGUGUUUCUCCAGUUAACAUCUCUGUGGUCACCUCCACCGUUUCCAGCGGCUACGGCGGUGGUAGCAGCACUGGAGGUGGAAGCCUGGGUCUCGGUGGGGGCAGCGGCUACUCCUUCACCACCAGCACCGGGCACAACUUGGGUGCAGGCCUGGGUGGCUCCAGCUUCAGUGCCAGUAGCAGCCGGGGCCUCGGGGGCAGUGGCUCCAGUGUCAAGUUUGUCUCCACCACAUCCUCCAGCCGGAAGAGCUACAAGCAUUAA